GGUAUGGGCCAUUGAUAUAUUGUGGACUCGCCCACAUUGCAUCUCUUCUGUUUCUUCUUCCCUCUCCAGUUGAGCCUCCAUAAUGCUCCAUUGUUGGCAUCAACAAUGACUGAAACACAUCCUGGGUCUUCCCUGAAUACCAUCAACCUCGUUACACAAUGCCUGUGCAUCCCUAUCGUCACCAUUUUCGUGGCGACGCGGUUCGCUAUCCGCUGUUGGUAUAAGCAGUUCGUUAUCGCCGAAGAUACAUUCUGUUUUCUAGCAUGGAUUCUGUUUAUGGCAUACUGCGGAAUUGCCAUUGUUGUGGGUCAAUAUGGCGGUGGAGUGAAUCAUGAACUGGUUCCAGACGCAAUGCAGGUUACUUUCCGCAAGUUCUGCUACGUCGCGACAGUCUUUUACUGCCCCAUGAGUCUCUUCGUGAAAUUUGCCUUGCUUUCCAUCCUGAUCCGAAUCUUCAAGCCAUACAAGGGCCGCAUUAUGUUCAUUUAUGUUUUCCUCGGAUGUCUGACCAUCUACUACAUCAUCGCUGAAAUUGUCAAAAUCCGCAUGUGCGACCCCGUCCCGGCAUAUUGGACGUUAGAACCGGCCAACUGUCUAGACCAACAAGCUGCAUUGAUCGCCGACUCGGUUAUUAGCGUCAUUAGCGACAUUAUGAUCCUCGUCCUGCCGCUACCGCUGACUUGGUCGCUCCAGAUGUCGCGGAGCAAGAAGCUCCGAGUCGUCGGCAUGUUAUCCGCUGGAGGACUCGCCACGGCCUUCAGUAUUUACCGACUGAUCCUGGUUUUGAAAGACGGCCGUUCGGAAAAUACAACUGUAAUGUUCAUGUGUGUGAUUCUUUCAGGUAACGCGGAAGGAGGAGUCGGUCUCAUCUGCGCCUGUCUGCCGACGAUGAACAUCCUGAUCAACAAAAUCCGCAAAGCCGGCUACAGCUACGGCUCGAACAAGUACUACCAGGACGAGUCCUCGAUGCACCUCAGCAAAAUGAAGGGCGCCAACAGCAAGGGAUUCUCCGCCAUCGGGUCGAAGGCUUCCAGAACGGAGCCCGAAUUUGGAUCCGACCAGAGCCAUCUGAUUGCGUACGCAGGCACCGUCGACAUGAGCGCCACCGGCGAUGGCGGGAUCCAUAAGACCAUUGACGUAUCGCAAACAGUGGAGGUGCUGGCUGGAGAAUCGUCCUCGAGCCAUUCCGACCAUCACACGCGGUUUUAGCGCGCCUUCCUUCUUUUCCCUUCCUUACCCUUUUUUUUUUUCCCUUUCCUUCUGUAAUAGAUAUCCUUGGUGGGGCAUUUUGUACGCAUAUUCGACCUCUUUUCCAUUUUCUUUCUUUUGUGGAGCUUGUUUUACAGGAUUUUUUACAGGUCCAAAGCUUGAUACCUUCGAUGGGCUUCUCGAUGCCUCGUGAUGUCAUUUUGGAUAUGGCUAAUGUUUAUAAACACAUCAUCUCAUUACAAAUA